AUGGCGCCAAAGAGAAGUUUGGGUCGCCAAAAGAUUAAAAUGGCACAAAUCCAGAAAAAAUCUCAUCUGCAAGUGACUUUCUCAAAGAGACGAGUAGGGCUGUUUAAGAAGGCUAGCGAGCUUUGCACAUUGUGUGGGGUUGACAUCGCUAUCGUGGUCUUUUCUCCGGCUGGAAAAGUUUACUCCUUUGGGCAUCCUAAAGUUGACUCGGUUGUUGAUAGAUUUCUGACACGAAAGCAAAUUAAUCCUAUGCCUACAAAUUUACAUCUUGUAGAGGCGCAUAGGAUAGCUUCCAUUCCUGAUCUAAAUUUGCAGCAAACGCACAUGAGGAACGAGUUAGAAGCUGAGAAGAAAAGAAGGGAGACCCUUGAUGAAAUGCGAAAGGCUAGCCAGAACCAGUUCUGGUGGGAAGCACCUAUUGAGGACUUGAAUCUCCAUGAACUUGAACAACUGAAGGAUUCAAUGGAGGAACUCAAGAAGACUAUCUCUAUACAGGCCAAUAAGCUGUUCCUCGAGAAUUCUAACUCUGUGCCAAUUUUUGGUACUAAUAAUGUUAUUAGAGGUGAUGGUGAGUAUUAUGAGAUGAAGCCUAACCCCAUCAUUUCAGCAUCUUGUACUUCUUCUCACGUCCAUAGCUAUGGCUAUGGCCAUGGUUUGUUUUAA